AUGUACCUCUUCCUGUCCAAAGGGCAGAUGGAAUUCAGUCCUCUCUACGAGGAAGAAAGAAAAGAGGCUCUUCCCUUGGACUCCCCGUUCUCUGGCCUCCACUGUGGUCCCAAGGGAGACCGUGCGAGUCUCCGGGGCGCGGCCUCGCCUGCUCGCACUGCCGCCCAGCCUGCCACCGAGAGUGCGCUCCCGCCCCAGGCGGGUACCUGUCCCGUCACCGCGUUCGGCGGCUCCCCGGACCGCCCCAGGGGCGGAACCCAAGGCCACCACUGA